GCAUCUCUCCAGUGCCCAGCCCGGCGUGCCGAGUGCCGAGUUUGUGGGAAGAGGGGACACUUCGCGGUCAUGUGUCCGGACCGCGCAGCAGGUGCCACAGCAGCCCAGUCCAGCCACAGACCUUCACAAUGUCCGAAGAGCAGAGUGUGACUGCAGAAGCGGAGCUGCCAGCCAUCACCGGGUACGAGCACCGCAUCGUCCUUCGUCCAGAUGCUGUGCCGACUGCGUACCGGCUGCGCAGGCUGCCACUCGCCGUCAGGGAAGAGGUCUCCCAGGAGUUGCAGCGUCUUCUCAGGGCUGGGGUGAUCGAGAGGAUCGAUGCAUCCCAGUGGGUGAGCCCUCUGGUGGUGUCUCGCAAGCCAGAUGGGAAGAUUCGCCUCUGCGUGGACCUACGUGGUCCCAACUCCCAGAUUGUUCCCGAGGUACACCCUCUGCCGACCAUCGAGGAGCUGCAAAGCCGUCUUCAGGGUGUCAUCUACUCGAAGCUAGAUCUGCGCUCUGCGUACCACCAGCUGAACCUCCAGGAGAGCAGCAGGGACAUCACCGCCUUUAUCACUCAUGAUGGGCUGAUGCGGUUCCGAAGGGUUCCGUUCGGACUGGUGUCAGCUGGUUCAGCCUGCCAGAAGCUGCUGGAUGACCUGUUGGAUGGCAUCCCUGGAUGUGGCCAUUACAUGGACGACAUCCUCGUCUCUGGGAAGACCCGAAGACAGCAUGACGAGCGUCUACGGAAGGUGCUGGACCGACUGAGAGCUGCAAACGUCACCAUCAACAUGGAGAAAUCGGUGUUCUCCUCUGCAGAAGUGGACUUCUGUGGUCACCGGAUGACAGCAAGUGGCAUCACUCCGUCAGACUCCACGGUGCAGGCGGUGAGGGACGCGCCGAGGCCCACGGGCGUGCAGGAGCUGCGGAGCUUCAUGGGCCUCGCCGGUUGGUUUGCCAAGUUCAUCCCAGCCUACGCUGACGUCGUUCGCCCUCUCGCCUGUAUGCUGCGGAAGAACGUGAAGUUCACCUGGUCUGAAGAAGCUGAAGAGAGUUUCCAGACGGUGAAGAGGCUGAUCACCAGUCGUCCGAUCCUGCAGCCGUUCCAGUCUGCACUGCCGAUCAUCGUGACGUCGGACGCCUCUGACCGGGGCGCCGGGGCGGUGCUGGCUCAGUUGCAUCCGGACGGCACGGAGCACCCAGUUUCGUACUGGUCGAGGAGCUUCACAGACACCGAGCAGCGCUACUCAGUGUCUGAGCGUGAGGCCCUCAGCGCCGUCCAGGCCAUCGAGAGGUGGAAGCUCUACCUGUGGGGGAGAUUCUUCACCCUGCGGACCGACCAUUCCGCACUGACCACCCUGCUCUCGCCGAAGUGUUCCGGCAGAGCCGGAGCGAGGAUCGCCAGGUGGCAGGCGCGUCUGCAGCCGUUCGCCUACGAGGUUGUCUACACCGCUGGGAGCACGGGGAGCGUCCCCGUGGCAGACGCCCUGUCUCGAUUGCCGCUCAGCUGCCCCGGACCGUCAGAGGACGACUCGGGCGAGGACGUCGUGGCGCUCGUCUAUGCAGAGGCAGCCGCAGGAGAAGCCGUCCUCACCGAAGAGAAGGUGCGAAUGGAGUCGAAGACGGAUCCUGUCCUGCAGCAGUUGAGGGACGUCAUCGCCAGAGGCUGGCCGGACUCGGCGAAGCGCUGCACGCCGGAGGUGAAGCCGUACUUCGCUGUUCGUCACGAACUGCAAGUUCGCACUGAUGACGUCAUCCUCCGAGGACCGGAUCGGGUGAUAGUGCCCAGCGCACUGCGAGCGGAGUACCUGUCAGCAGCCCAUCGGGCCCAUGAUGGGGUCGUACGCACCAAGCAGUUGCUGCGCAGCCUCUCGUGGUGGCCAGGGAUGGAUAAGGACGUGGCGGCCCUGGUGGGCGCCUGCGACCGCUGCCAGGCCAGCGACAAGGUCCUCAGCCAGGCGGUGAGGAAGACGCCGCUGCAACCGGUACCCUACCCGGACAAGCCAUGGUCCCAGCUGGGACUGGACGUCGUCGGACCGCUGCCCGGAGCGCCAGCACACGCGCGGUUCGCUGUGACGUUGACCGAUUACGGAAGCAAGUGGGUUGAAGUGGGUCUCACGUCGACGGUAACGACAUCGGACAUCAUCCGCAUCUUGUCGUCUGUCUGGUCCCGGGAGGGAUAUCCGGACGUUAUCGUGACAGAUAACGGCACCCAAUUCACCAGCAACCAGUUCCGUACCUACCUCAAGGAGCGGAACAUCGAGCAUCGACGGUCUUCCGUCUACUGGCCCCGAGGAAAUGGCGCAGUGGAACGGUUCAACCGGACGCUGAAGACCUGGUUCGUGGCUGCUGUUAACCAGAGCGAAGUGUCGCUGCAGCAGUACCUCCAGCUGCAGCUGGCGAGGUACCGGGCCACCCCACACUGCACGACCGGCAGGGCGCCGUCUGAGUUGCUACACGGCCGGGUGAUGCGGCUCGACCUACCAGUCAUCGGCCAACCUGCUUCACCCGACCGAGAAGUUCACCGGAGGGUUGAACGGCAACAGCGGCGGAACCGCCGCAACUACAACAGCCGGCAGGCCGUCCGCCCAACCCGGAUCCAGGUUGGAGACGUGGUGCGUGUGAAGAUACCGGGACACAUCAGGAAGGACGACCGCAAGUUCUCAGAGCCGCUCAAGGUGACGCGGCAAGUGGCCGCUGGCACGUUCGAGCUGGAGAACGGCACAAGGUGGAACUCCGCACACCUGGCGCGCGUUCCGGACACCGGACAACGAGCUCCAGAUGGGGAAUCUCCGACCGGCGCUCCGGGCGCGCCCCCUGCGGUGCGGUCGGAGGCCGGACAAGUCGGCUCUGACGCGCCGUCGCCGCUGAGCGCGCCCCUGGCGGCGCGGCCGGGCGCCGGCUCGGAGCCGCCGCCGGUCUCGCCUCCACGGUGCUCGCCGCCCCGUGCGGACCGGGCGGCGCUGCCCGGGGCCGGUCCCGGGCCGGCGACGCCGGAGCCGACGGACGUCACGUCGACGCCGACUACGGGACGGACCCGGCGAAGUGCGGCUCGAUCGCCGACUGGCCGCCGGUCGUCGCCGUCGGUGGAGGGCCGGCCCGACUGCUCGGGGGCGAGCGACGUCGCUUCGGGGUCACCCCGGAGGUCGGCGCGGCGGACGGAUCGCGAGCUGCAGCCCUCGGCCCGCGGUCGGCGUCGUUACGCGCCGGACCGUUAUAGUCCGGGGUAA